UCAGUAUUACAGCACUCGGCAUCUCCACCAGUCGUGUCCUCCCACGCACUUGACCUUGUAAACAUCCGUUGCCGUCGUUUCGAUAGUGUUUUGUUGACAAAGUUCUUUUGUUUUGUUCAUUCAGUGUAUAGUGUUUUGUUUUGAAGAAGGCAAAGUGAACAGCAUUACUACACCCCUGUAAGAAUGGGGGAGCCGAAAGACCUUGAGAAGCUACUGGUAGAGCUAAAAGAAUGGGUCGCCGCACAACCUCAUGUGCCUAAGGAUAUGGAUGACAAGCUGCUCCGCCGUUUCCUGCACAGCUGCUACUACGACAUGGAGAAGGCCCAGAAGGCCAUCGAAAGCUUCACGAGUCUCCGGGCGUCGACGCCGGAGCUCUUUGUGAAACGGGACCCAAUGUCACCGCAAGUGCAGAACGCCCUGAAAAUUGUGAACCUAGGCCAAGUAAAAGCACCAGGCAACCGCAACCUUUUCAUCUGGCAACUAAACGACCCUGGCCUCGAGAACUACGACUAUCUGCAGGAUGCCCGAAUGUUCUUCCUUACCACAGAUGCCUGGCUGCUUGAGGAAGAGAAUCUAGAAGAGCAUGACAUCGCCAUCUUGGAUGUUAAAGAUAUCACACUGAAGAUCUUGACUAAGAUAAACCUGUCUCUUGCGAAAAAACUGUCUAAAUAUCAGGAGGAAGCAAUGCCGAUUCGGCUGAAGCAAGUCCACGUGAUCAAUGCGCCGCCUUUCAUUGACAAAGUGUUCUCAAUCAUGAAGCAGUUCAUGAACAGGGAUAUGAGCGAAAUGAUCCACUUCCACGUGCCCAAGUCAGAUACUCUGUUCAAAUACUUCAGCCGAGACGAGCUGCCGAAAGACUUUGGAGGUAACCUGGAAUCCUUGGAGUAUUACAACAAGAGGCUGCAUAACGUCCUCUUAAAACAUAGGGAAAUUCUGAGCAAGGACGACCUUUGGAGAGCGCCCGAGAAGAAAUCCAAGAAAUCUAAGGGCUCCAAGAAAGAAUUAGUCGCCGACGUCCCAGAAGUGGAUUCAUUCCGGUCUCUUGCCAUAGACUAAAAAGACAAAAUAUAGAGGCCGUGUCCGUCUAAGCUAACCCAGAGGCCAUACGGCGAAAAACGAAUAUCGAAAAUUCUUUAUCUGGCUCUCUAUCGCUCGAAUAUGCAAGAGCAAUUGAGACAGAUAAUAAAAUAACGAAAACUUUCGUUUUUCAUGGUAGGCCCUCUGCACCAACUUUGGCAGAAUCAAGUGUGGAGUACCUACCUAUCGACAUGUCAUCGUAGAAAUUUGACAUUCAUAGCGACAUUUCCACACUUAUUCAUUGCAAAUGGAGUAAGCUUAGUCCGACUGUACGACUCUGCGCAUUUUAA